UUUACGCCGGUUGGCAGCAAAUACCGCUCUUUCACCCCCUUAUAUUCUUCCACAUCUUCCCUUUCUUCUUCUUUCUUCUCUCUCUCUCUAACUCAUCACUACAAUCCAUUUUCUUCCAUUAUCCCCAAAAAUAAACUUAACCCUUUUCUCAUUUCCUCUAAGUUUUCAUUUUCACCUUAAUUACAAAACAACAACUUAUCAUUAUACAUUUUCAUGCAUACAUCCCCAAAAAACUAAUUUAAUUCUUUGCAUGCAUUGAUUUCUUCUCAUUUAUUCACUUUCUUUUUUUCUUCGUUUGUAUCGCAGUUUUCCCACCUAAAUAUCAAGUUUCAUUUGACUAAUACUGUAACGGCUUCUUGGGCCUUUUUUUUUUUCUUUAAAUUUCAUCUUCAACUUAUAAAAAUGGCACCAGCAGCAGCCGCAGCCGCAGCAGGUACAACAAGUAAUUGGCUAUCAUUUUCUUUGUCACCCAUGGAAAUGUUGGCUUCUUCUCAUCAUCAUCAUCUUCAUCAUCAUGAUCAUCACGAUCAAACUCCUCAGAUUCUUCACACUCCUGUCUCAAACCCUUCUUCCCAUUAUUUUCUCGACCCUAUAUACACCACUGAUUGGGGAAAUCAGAAGCCAAAUAUGGGAAUGUACACUGAUUAUGUGGUGGACCAGCAUAUAGACAAUAACCCACCUCCAACAAUGCCAAAACUAGAAGAUUUUUUUGGCGGUGGAGGUGGUCAUCAUCAUACGACGUCGUAUAACAGUCAAACCGAGACAACUCAAGACUCGUCAUCCCAGUUAACUCAUCUUUACGAGUCAAACCACCAUCAAAACUCGGUGCCUAACUACUACACUAAUACCCACCAUGACCAUACUACUCAACAGCAAGAUCUAAAAGUUAUGACUUCAAGUGUUGCUGGUUUUCAAACCGCGUUUUCUGCUAACUCGGGGUCUGAGGUGGAUGACUCGUCAGCAACUCACUUAAGUUGUGGUGGUGGUGCAAGUGGGUCUGAGUUUGUUGGCCAUUCUAUUGAGUCAACUCAUAACGAGUUAAUCCGGAGUUAUGGUACCACCAAAUCUAAUAAUAGUAAUAACAAUGGUGGGAGUUUGUCGCUUGCAGUUGUUCCUCAGAGUGUUGAAAAAUCAGUUGUUCCAGUUGGGGUUGAUUCUGAUAACAGUAGUGUUAAGAAGAUUUCUGAUACUUUUGGUCAAAGAACUUCCAUUUACAGAGGUGUUACUAGGCAUAGAUGGACUGGUAGAUAUGAAGCACAUCUUUGGGAUAACAGCUGUAGAAGAGAAGGCCAAGCUAGGAAGGGCCGUCAAGUCUAUUUGGGUGGGUAUGACAAAGAAGAAAAAGCAGCUAGGGCGUAUGAUUUGGCAGCUCUAAAGUAUUGGGGCCCCACUGCCACCACAAACUUCCCGAUUGCAAAUUACUCUACAGAAUUAGAGGAUAUGAAACAUGUGACCAAGCAAGAAUUCAUUGCUUCUCUCCGGAGGAAAAGUAGUGGCUUCUCAAGAGGUGCCUCUAUUUACCGAGGUGUCACGAGGCAUCAUCAACAAGGGCGUUGGCAAGCAAGAAUUGGCCGUGUUGCUGGCAACAAAGAUUUAUAUCUAGGAACAUUUGCCACUGAAGAGGAAGCAGCUGAGGCCUACGACAUAGCAGCCAUCAAGUUCAGGGGGGUGAACGCAGUUACCAACUUUGAAAUGAACCGUUAUGAUGUAGAUGCUAUCCUCAAGAGCAACCUUCCUAUCGGUGGGGCUGCCAAGCGCUUAAAGCUUGCUGCCGAGGCGGCUGAUCAGAAGCCGACACUCAGCCUUGAACAACAGUCACACUCGAGCAAUGGAAGUAGCAGUGGAACGGGCAGCACAAUCAACUUUGCUGCCAUCCAGUCGGUCCCUGCCAUGCCAUAUGAUACAGCAUCUGCUAUCUUCCACCAGAAUCUAUUUCAUCAGCUAAACUCCAAUGGCGGGGCACAAGCAGUUGCAUCCGACUCUUACACUUCAGGGGUAUCCUCGAUCGUAGCUCCCAUGAUGUCACUGAUGCCACAGACGCCUGCAGAGUUCUAUAUAUGGCCUCAUCAUCAACCGUAUUAACAAGGUAGUCGGCUAAUGAGAAAUUGGAGCGUUUAGGAAGGUUUUAGUAUUUUAGGUAGCCAGCUUAAUUUAGAGGUAUUGAUGAGCAAAAAAGCUAAUUUUGGAUCCCCAGAUAUGUCUCUGGUUAUUAACUUGUGUUUCGUAAUGGUUCUUUUUCAGCUGACAUAAACAAAAUGGUUUUAUCUGACCCAUGUAGUGUCCUAGUGUAGUGAUUAACCUUAUGACAAAGGAUGAUAAUACAAAUCUGGGGCUCAAUAUGACUGUUGGUAGAAUAUUAGAGACGAUUACUGGAAAUUUUGUGUAUGUAUAGCUUUAUUGCAAUAGCUGAACAAUGGGUCUUUUGCAGAAAAUGUUACAACGGAAAAGAAAUAGAAAAGAAGAAGAUAAUUUUUUGGUUUCUUC